AUGGCUUCGCUAACAGCAGCUUGUCGCAUCUCUGCCAGGAUGGCAGGGCGUUCCGUCAGAGGUUUCCGCACCUCUGCCGCUGCUCUCGCCGCCCAAAACUUUACCAUGCCCGCUCUGUCGCCGACAAUGACGGAGGGCAACAUCGCAACCUGGAGGGUGAAGGAGGGCGACAAGUUCACUGCCGGUGACGUGUUGUUGGAGAUCGAGACCGACAAGGCCACCAUGGACGUCGAGGCACAGGAUGACGGUAUCAUGGUCAAGAUUAUGCAGAAUGAUGGUGCCAAGGGUGUUGCUGUCGGCACCCGGAUAGCUGUCAUUGCGGAGGAAGGAGACGACAUUAGCUCUCUCGAGAUCCCGGCCGACGCGGCCCCACAGUCCAAGCCAGCCGAGUCAGCACCUUCGGCACCUCCCCCACCGACCACCGCGGACCAGUCUAACGUUGCCGUCCCCGAAUCCGCUCCUCAAAAGGCUUCGUCCAAGUCGGUUCCCAAGCCCCCGAACAGGCAAUACCCCCACUAUCCUUCCGUCGCCCAUCUGCUCAAGGUCAACAACGUUGACGCCGCUGUCGUUAAGGAUAUCACCCCAACCGGCCCCGGCGGCCGUCUGCUCAAGGGUGACGUUCUUGCCUACCUUGGUAAGAUUAACGCCCAGACUCCGUCCACCGUCUCCGAGAGGUUCGAGAAGCAGUCGCACCUCGACCUUAGCAACAUCAAGGUUGCCAAGAGCACCGAGGCCGUCAAGGCCACCACCGAGAAGGCUCAGUCCAAGAAGCUGGAUGCCCCUGCUCCUCCUCCCGUAGCCGUUGUUACCGCUCCCAUUUCUCUGUCCGCCGUCAUCGACGUUCAGAAUAAGGUUCACAAGACCAUCGGCGUCUUCCUCCCUCUUUCGACCUUCAUUGCCCGUGCCACCGAGAUCGCCAACCAGAAGCUCCCCCUUCCCGCAAACUACCAGCCUACUGCCGAUGAGCUCUUUAACCAGGUUCUCGGUCUUGACAAGGUCACCCGCAAGGAAUCUCGCGGCUCCUAUACUCCCACAUUCGGCUCCUUCCUGGCCCCUCAGCGGGCAGCGCGCAAGGCCGAUAUUAUCGAUAUCCUUGCCGCUCCCUCCAAGCGCGCCGCUCCUCAGAGCAAGUCCGCCACCCCCGGUCUGACCACCUCUGGACCCAACGUUUUCAGCCUGCAGGUUCCCAAGUCGGAAGAGAAGAGGGCUCAAGCCUUCCUUCGUAAGAUGAAGCUUGUUUUGGAGCAGGAGGCUGACAAGCUUGUGCGGGCAUAA